AGAUGGCAAUGUUUUUAAAAGAGGAAAAAAAAGAUAAGAGGAGAAAUGUCACGAAGUUGUUUGUUGCUCCGUAAUAUUUUAAAAAACAGUCCUAAUUAUUGUAGGGAAAAAAGUGUUGCUCGAUUUUGUACAAUAAAUAAAGGAAAUACAAUCGGUGAUGUUGUGGACCAUUGGCAUCAAAGAUUUCAAAAUGAGAAAAUUUCUGAACCAAUUGAAUCGAUUGAACACAUUGUCGCACAUGUUAUUGGCACCAAAAAGAUAAUGGAAGUUCGAGAUUUAAGAGAAAAAGAACUCAGUUCAAAUGAAAUAGAAACACUUGAAAGACUUUGUGAAUGCAGAUUAGCAAGAAUGCCAAUCCAAUACAUCAUAGGCAAUUGGGAUUUUCGUGACAUCACAAUAAAAUUAAUACCACCGAUAUUCAUUCCACGACCCGAGACUGAAAUUUUAGUGGAUUUUGUACUAAAAAGAAUAUCGACUGGUAAUUAUCCUGAUUUCUCCUGUGAUAUACUGGAAAUUGGUUGUGGUUCCGGUGCAAUAUCUCUAUCCAUUCUGCAAACCUGCAAAAAACUCAAGAUAUUGGCAAUCGACACAAACAAAAAUGCUUGCAAUUUGACUUUGGAAAAUGCUCAGAAUUUGAAACUUGAUGAUCGAUUAACCGUGAUUAAUGCAACAUUACAAGAAGAUGGAACAAUCAAAAAUUCAUCUCAGGAAAAUUCACUUGAUUUCAAGGAGAAAACCUUUGAUUUCAUUAUCAGUAAUCCGCCUUAUGUAUCGACAAAACAAGUUUUCAGAUUGAUGCCUGAAAUAAAAUUAUAUGAGGACGUUAGAGCAUUGGAUGGAGGAGAGGAUGGAUUAAAAGUUAUAAAACCUCUUUUACAUUAUUCGGCAAAAGCACUGAAACCGGGUGGACGCCUUUUUAUAGAAAUAGAUCCGGCUCAUUCCGAGUAUAUCCAAUUUUUUACUGCCAAGUACAAUGAAUUAAAACUCAAAUACGAACAUACGUAUAAAGACUUUAGUAAUUACGAUCGAUUUGUCGAGGUUUUGAAAAUAUAAAUUUUCGAAAUAAAAUAAUAAUUAAACUUGCAUCUACAUUGUAAAUAUAACAUUAAUAAACAGAAACAAAA